UCUCUCUAAAAAAUAUUCACCAUUUCAAGUCUUCAUCGGAUUCAGCUCUCGCUCUAAACACACUCUCGUCUAGACGACGCCAUUGUUGAUUCUUGUUCAAGAUUUUUCAAGCAUUUCAAGAACAGAGUCGAGUUUUUUCAGGCAUUUCAAGAUUAGUAUCCGCCGGCCGCCGGCACAUCGAUUGAGUUAGAUUUUAGGUAGAUCAAAUUAGGUAUGGAUUCAACAAUGUCGCAACAAAUGAAGAGGGUAGGAGCAGCUAUGGUUUCACUUUCACCAUCACAGACGCCACGGUCAAGCGAUAAGGCGGUAAGAGAUACACGAUCAGGUGAAGGGAACUAUAGUGGUAAGGCUGACAAGGAGAAAGGCGUGAAUGUUCAAGUUAUUGUUAGAUGCAGGCCAAUAAGUGAGGAUGAAAGUAGAUUGCAUACUCCGGUGGUGAUCACUUGCAAUGAGAAUAAGAGAGAAGUUGCUGCAAUUCAGAAUAUUGCAAAUAAGCAGAUUGAUAGAACUUUCUACUUCGAUAAGGUUUUUGGUCCAAAUUCAGAACAGAAGGCAUUGUUUGAUCAGGCAGUCUCCCCCAUAGUGUUUGAGGUAUUAGAAGGUUAUAACUGCACUAUUUUCGCCUAUGGUCAGACAGGAACAGGAAAGACAUACACCAUGGAAGGAGGUGCAAGGAAGAAGAAUGGGGAAUUUCCAAAUGAUGCAGGAGUUAUCCCAAGAGCAGUUCGUCAAAUUUUUGAAAUACUAGAAGCCCAACAUGCUGAGUAUAAUAUGAAAGUCACAUUUCUAGAGCUAUAUAAUGAGGAAAUAACUGAUUUAUUGGCUCCAGAGGAAAUUUCAAAAUUCAUAGACGACAAAUCUAAGAAACCAAUAGCUCUCAUGGAAGAUGGUAAAGGAGGUGUUUUUGUCAGAGGUUUGGAAGAGGAGAUAGUUACUACUGCAAAUGAAAUCUAUAAGAUCCUAGAGAAAGGUUCUGCUAAGAGACGUACAGCUGAGACUCUACUCAAUAAACAAAGCAGUAGAUCUCACUCAAUUUUCUCUAUCACAAUUCACAUCAAGGAGUCUACUCCAGAGGGAGAAGAGAUGAUCAAAUGUGGGAAGUUGAAUCUAGUUGAUCUUGCUGGUUCUGAGAACAUCUCCCGCUCUGGUGCUAGAGAUGGGAGAGCAAGAGAAGCUGGUGAGAUAAACAAAAGUCUGCUCACACUAGGUCGUGUCAUCAAUACACUUGUUGAACACUCUGGUCAUAUACCAUAUAGGGAUAGUAAACUCACAAGAUUACUGAGAGACUCUUUGGGAGGUAAAACUAAAACAUGCAUAAUUGCAACAAUUUCACCCUCCAUCCACUGCUUGGAAGAGACACUCAGUACACUAGAUUAUGCUCAUCGUGCCAAAAAUAUUAAGAACAAGCCUGAGGUUAACCAGAAGAUGAUGAAGUCUGCUGUUAUCAAGGAUCUGUACAUUGAAAUUGAUAGGCUCAAGCAAGAGGUAUAUGCUGCCCGUGAGAAGAAUGGUAUCUACAUCCCACGAGAUCGGUAUCUUCAGGACGAAGCUGAGAAGAAGGCAAUGUCUGAAAAGAUAGAGCGGAUGGAACUUGAUUUUGACUCCAGGGACAAGCAAUUAGUGGAUCUUCAAGAACAUUACAAUUCUCAGCAGCUGUUGACUGCAGAGUUAACUGAUAAACUCCAGAAAACUGAGAAAAAGCUACGCGAGACUGAGCACACACUAAUUGACCUUGAAGAACGACAUAGACAGGCAAAUGCAACUAUAAAGGAAAAAGAAUAUUUGAUUUCGAAUCUUCUCAAUUCUGAGAAAGCACUGGUGGAGCGGGCACUUGAACUUCGAGCAGAACUAGAGAAUGCUGCGUUGGAUGUCUCUGGAUUGUUUACUAAGAUUGAACGCAAGGAUAAAAUAGAAGAUGGAAACAGAGUUCUUAUACAUCAAUUCCAGUCCCAUUUAACUCAACAGCUUGAAAUGUUGCACAAAACAGUUGCAACUUCUGUCACACAUCAAGAACACCAAUUAAAAGAUAUGGAAGAAGACAUGCAGUCAUUUGUAUCAACUAAAACACAGGCAACUGAUGAACUUCGAGAUCGUCUUGCAAAGAUGAAAAACAUGUAUGGAUCUGGCAUUAAAACAUUGGAUAAUUUAGCUGAAGAGCUUGAUGGGAACUCAAGAUUGACCUUUGAGCAUAUGAAUUCUGAAGUUUCAAAGCACUCUUCCGCACUUGAGGAGCUCUUCAAAGGAAUCAUGUUAGAAGCUGAGACGUUGCUUUGUGAUCUUCAAAAUAGUCUUCAGGAUCAAGAACAGAAGAUAACUGAUUAUGCACAACAACAACGAGAGUCUCAUGGCAGAGCAAUGAUGACCACCCGUUCAAUAUCAGAGAUUUCAGUUGACUUUUUCCAUACUUUGGACAUGCAUGCUUCAAAAUUGAGCCAAAUAUUAGAGGAGGGACACAUGGUCAAUGAUCAGAAGUUGACAGAGCUUGAAAAGAAGUUUGAGGAUUGUGCUGCAAAUGAGGAGAAACAGUUGUUGGAAAAGGUUGCAGAGCUACUAGCAAGCUCUAAUGAGAGGAAGAAGAAACUGGUUCAAACAGCAGUCCAUGGACUACGGGAAAGCGCAACAAGUAGAACUAAUAGCUUACAGGAAGGGAUGACAACUAUGAAAGACAGUAGCUGUACCAUUAAAGAGCAAUGGACAACUUACAUGAAGAAGUCAGAAGAUCAUUAUCUUGAGGAUACUGCUUCUGUAGAAAAGGGCAAGAAUGAUUUGGCAGAAGUUCUACAGAGAUGCUAUGAAAAGGCUAAAAUGGGUUCAGAGCAAUGGCGGAAUGCUCAAGGUUCAGUUUUCAGUCUAGAGAAGAGCAACGUUAACUCUCUGGAUGAGAUAGUCAGGGGAGGAACAAUGGCUAAUGAGAAGCUGCGAGCUCGAAUUACUUCUGCUGUAUCGUCUGCUUUACAGGAUGCAGAAGUGGCAAGCAAGGAUCUCCUUUCAUCCAUCGAUAAUUCGUUACAACUCGACCGCGAGGCUUGUGAAAAUGUUGACUCCAUGGUCGUGCCUUGCUGCGGAGAAUUAAGGGAAUUGAAGAGCGGGCAUUACCACAAAACAGUUGAGAUAACCGAGAAUGCUGGAAAAUGUCUCCAUGAUGAAUAUAUUGUUGAUGAACCGUCUUGCUCAACGCCCAGAAAGAGACCAUACAACUUAUUGAGCGUGGCAUCAAUUGAGGAUCUGAAAACGCCUUCUUUCGAGGAGCUGGUGAAGUCGUUCUGGGAUUCUAAUAAACAUUCGAAAGAAUCAUCAAACGGCGAGGUGAAACAGAGUGUUGCAGGAUUGUACUAUGAUGGUGGUAGUGCACAUUCUUUGAGAGAUCCAAGACUUCCUCUAACUGAUAUCAACUAACUAACUAAUAAACUGAAAAAAAUAAACUUGUGUUUUAUUGUACAAAAAUGAUGUAUUAUUAUUAUAUGUUGGUUGGUUUACCAACUCUUGUUUGUUUCAUUAAUUGUUUUGUGGAAAAAAUAUGGUUUUUCCAUUAUUCGUUGGAAGAUAGAUAUAGUGAUUGUAUGAAUUGAAGUCCCUAAGUCUUGGUUAAGAAA